GUCAGUGGAAGCCUGAAAAUAAUUAUUCUUUCGUUCUGUGUGUUGUACAGAGAUUAGACAGAGAAGUGCUUGUUUUCUAUUCUUUUUUUAGAAAUUGCAUUGAGUUAUGUCUUAAAUUCGAUGUUCCCUUAAGACAUACCCUUAAGGGAAACAGUGACACUUUGACUGCAGUUGCAUUUGGCUUUGAUCAUUUGUUUAAACACAGUCUCAGUGUGCUGCUGGUACUUACGAUGGAUAGGUGGCCUUCAUUAAUGGCUUUAUAUUUAUAUAAAAAAGAGAUUACUGCAAUGAUGACUGCAAUGUGGCUAGAUUGAAGAUAAACUUUAAGCCAUUGAAACAAUGACCUGGUUUAUAACCUGCAGCUUCAUAUUGCUCCAAAUAUGCCUGAUGCCAUCUAAAGCAAUGCUCUCUCCCCCAAAUAACCUGAGUGUGGUAUUAUUGGAUUUUAAGGCUACAGUUGAAUGGCUUCCUGGACAAGGGAACCCUCCUGGCACCAGACACACUGUGGAGUUGAUACUUUUACAAAACAUGUCUGAAGGAAAGUGGAAUCACUCUGCAAAUUGCACUAACAUAGCCAAGCUGAAGUGCGAGUUGACCUUUGACCGGCAUCCUGACGACCUUUUUGGAAACUACUUUGUGAGGGUCAAGAGCACAUUUAAAGGGACAAGCUCCAACUGGACAACUAUAUCAAAGUCUUUCCAGCCAUAUGGAGAAACUCGUCUGAGUUCCCCAGAUGUAAAAGUCUCAAAUGACCAACAGGCCAUUAAUAUUACCUACAGCCAUUGGCUGGAAUUCAAACCAGAUAUCAAACCCCACCUGAAAUUCCACCUAUUCCUUUUUGAGAACAAUUCUGUUGGGGAAUCAAAGUUUGUAGCAAUGACAACGACCUCAAAUUCCUUCUACAUUUUUCACGGAGUGCCAUCUGGCAAGAGCUAUUGCGUUAAUGUUUCUGCCAGUCAUCAACAGGCCUCGCAUAAGGAAAACUUCAACACCACCAAAUGUAUCUUCCUCUCAGAUUCUCCUGGAAGUUCUUUAGCACUAAAGGUGUACGUUGUGGCCAUGCUGCUGAUUACCUUUAUAACUGGAAUUGCUUUGGCAUUCAUUUGUUUUAACCACAUUAGGCCUAAAAUCAAUAAUCAACGCAUUCCAGAUGCUCUGAGUAUGGGUAUGUCUUCACAGUUCAUCACUACAGGAACUAAAAGGGUCCUAAAACCAACCCCUGAGGAACCCCAAACAAUUACAUUGGCAUGGCAAAAGACGUUUAUGAACACAGAGGACUGUGUUUCUGCAUUUGAGGAGGAGAGUGGAGAUGGCUCUCUGUUCUAUCAUCAGAGAGAAUGCCUUACUAAUGUUGUAAUCAACUCACCAUCCGUCAUCAAUCAAGAACCUACUAUCUGUGUGCCCAAUCUAGAUGAGGAGGCCGAGACAUUAAAUCAGUAUUUCCUAAAGUACAGCCUGGCUACUGAUAUGGAAGAGAGUGAAGAAAACAUCAUAUCUGAUAUAUACGAUGAAAAUAUUACUUCUAACUUAAACCUUUCCAGCUUUAUCUUGCCUGAAAUCCCAAUAAAAUUUACACUGAACAAGCUUCUGAAGUCAGAAAUGGAUAGAGAUCGUGAAGAGGACAUGAGCAUGGAGAAACAGACUUGUCCUCAGUCAUCAGGCCAUCACUGUGAAGGAGUAAUGUCUCUUGAGGAGGAAGAGGAUGUCUCCCUGUUGCCCGAUUCUUCCUCAGACAGUGGAUAUGAACCAAGGCAAGAUCUAAGUAUUUAUAAAGUAGAGGCAUUUAGUGACCUCUAGCUAGGAGGACAGACUGUGGUUUAAAAUUUACGGGUCACCAUAUUCCAUAUCUGAACUGAAUGUUGAAAGACCCUUGUGGGGAUCUAUAUCCUAAACUAGUCCUUCCGAAGGUGGAGGUUGCCUCCUAAUACAAAAAAAACUGAAAUGUGUGUCUUGAGCAACCAAAAGUGCAGAUUUGAGAGGUUCAGUAUGUAAAUCCCCCAUAAUAUCUGGGCAUCUCACUGGACUGGACACACCAUACUACAAACAAGAUCUGGAGAAGAGCACCAACAAAGUCAGUUCCAACAUCAACUUGGUGAGGAAACUAGAUGAGACCAGCAGGGGAUCUAAUGAACAGACUAUACGGACUGCAACACCGAUACUUAUCUGCUCAAACAGCACAUUUGCAAAAGCAGAUGUCAAUUGAACAACACUAUGUGCUUGGUUAUAGGUGCAUUCAGGUCAACCGAGCUACCUUGGCUCCCAGUUCUUGCCAGCAUUCUUCAACUUAACAUUGCUUGAGACUUAAAGUUGCAGCCAUACAUGAACUUGAGAGCUGUCGCUGAUACAAGAACCCCUGACAUUCCAAACAUCAGGCAAAAUUGCACCUUCUUCAUACACCUGUUUGGACACUCAGUCCAGCCAAUGGUGAAGUAGAAUUCUGUUUGAUAGAAAGGUGUAGAGAAGUUUUUGAAUCUGAACCUUGCUGGUUAAUGGCCAGACUUGUAGCUGCCCAAGCAUCCGGACUGCCCGGCUUCGAGCUGAGGCUCCAUGAGUGGGUCAUGUUAAGCAGGCCUACCUUAUUCAUAAGUUGAGAGCUGCAGAUUCUGCAGCAGGUGACUGUGUGCUUUUAAGACAACUGAUCUGAAAAUGAAUUCAGGUGCUACAUGAAGCAACUCCUGAUGCAGUGCGAUAUCUGAUUGACCUGAACUUUAAUCUUUGACAAGUUUUCUGUUAAAUGUUAUGACAUUUUGCACUUUAGUCACACUUAAAAAUGUCUUUGUCAUUGCAUUAGAUACAAGACAUCAAAUCAAGUGGCAUCAGAAAACAAAUGAUGAUCUCAGAACUAACUUCACUUCGCUGACCUAUUUUUGCAAUGACUUCUAACAGUAUGGUUUAAAAAUGAUUUUUAGUGGACAUUUUAGUUCAUACAGGUGUCAUAGGCAAAUAACUAAAGGUGUAGCUGAUCACAUUAACUAUGAACAUGAUCCACUAACAUGCGCAGACACUCAUAGAAACUAAUAAUGCAAAGACAUUUGUAAGGGGGAAGGCACCCACUGGUCUAAGGAGGGUAUCCAAUGGCAUGGCUGAAGGUCUCCUGCGUGUUCUGUCUUAUCGUGCGCGACGUUAAAUAAUACUUUGAUUAUUUGAUUUGAGUUCCAUGUUUUAUUAAUCUUAUCAUUAAUUAUUUUCUUUAUUUCAUCUGACUCCAAUUAUGAAAAACCUCGUUGAUGUAUCUAUGCUCUGAAUUUUAGUAAUUCUCUCUUCUAGACUGCAUUUGUUAUUUCAAUGUUAUUUGGGUCCUGUGCUGGUCCUUAUAGGUUCUCGGCUUUAUCCGUUUAGUCUUAUUUGGCUAAGUUCUAUUAUAGAUUCUCAGUUUACCGUUUAGCCUUUUACAUACUUAACUAAUGGGUUACUUCUGAAGUAGCUUAAUUAAGCCAACUCUGACCAUAGAUUUGUAGUUAACAAGAAAUAUACUAGAAAACAGUCCUUCAGAGUGAAUCAUAAUAACAAUUUAUUUACCAGGUAAUAGUAAUACAUUCAAACAAUCCAAUUAAAAUAAUAAAUCGAACUCAAAGCUAUCAGUGAACCAAGCAUAAUAAUAUAAUUAAAGUUGUAUUCCAUUCAAACAUUUACCAAACAUAAGAAAUACAAAUUGCAAUCACCUGGUAGUGAAAAAACGACAUGCAAACGACGAAGCAUGGGAGAUCUGACUUACAGAUUCACAGAGCUUCUCUGCCAUCCUUCCUUAAGUACCAAACGAUUCUAUUGUUAUUUCAGAUGUGCGUGUUUGAUGUUAUUUAGGAUUUGGUUUCCAAUUUAGGGAGUUGUAAGUCGACCUUUGAUUGAGUAGGUUGUUUGAUGUUUACAAAGAAUACACCUAAUCUGCAUACAGCAUCUGGUCUCUGUGUGAGACUUGGGAGGGGCAUGCCCCGGAUAGAAUACAGUAUUUUACUAAGUUCUUAAAUCUUACUUGCGAUUUGACUUUGCUGAAAGGGAAUGAUACCGUUUUACCAGUUGCACUGAGACCUCUUGAAUGAUACCAAACAUGUAUGAUCAGAAAACCUUUUACAUUACAGAACAGGAUAAGUCAUAACUUAGUUUUUAGUGUCCUUAAAGUGACCCGAGGUGAAAGAGAGAGAGAGAGAGAGAGAGAGAGCAGAUGCGAGUGUGAUUGUGUUUUAUGGUCCCCAAUCAGUAGGGUGUGUUUUCUCAGGUGGAGAUGCUCCUCUGUGUGAGAGUUUUGUGACGUUGGUUCUCACAGAAUUCUUUGACUUUCCCUGAAGUGAUGCAAACAAUUCUGUGACAGUCUUACACAUUCAUACAUUUUUUAAGUUAAGCUUAAGUGUCAGAAUAAAUGAGGAUGCUGUACAUGAGUGUUACAAAAGGCUAGAUUAAAAUCCUAAUUUACAGUUAUAAUGAUCUGGCUAUUGUGGGUAGAGCUUGUGCUUGAAACACAUACGAAUAUAUCAAAGCACACCUGUUCACUAGGGCAUUUCCUCAGUCUGUUUUUCAUUUCUUGUGUGCAUUUUUUUCUGUCCAUGUACAUUCUACUAUUCCCAUAUGCAUAUGUGAAUGUAUUUUUGCACAUACUGUAUAUUUUUCUCUGUAAAAUACUAAACACUGUUUUAUAAGGUGCUAUAUAAAUAAAAUAAAAUGUAUUAUUAUUAUGAGCCAUUGUGCUCAUUGGGCUGCAGUUUCGAGUCCAUCGUGUGUAUGAAAUGCUGUGUUAAAUCAAAGCAAGAGCAUAAAGGUUUGAAGUGACAGUAAAUACUAAUGAUGUUAUACUGAAUAAUGCCUUACUGAAUGCUGCCUUUAAAGGGUUAGUUCACCCAAAAAUGAAAAUCCUUCUUCAGCAGAACCAAAGUGAAGAUUUUUAUAAGCAGAUUUCAGCUCAGUUUGUCCAUACAAUGCAUGUAAAUGGUGUCAUCAGGCUGCUGGCUGAAGAAGGAAAGUCAUACCUUGAAGCCAUCCCAGAUGUGUAAGUAAAUCAUGAGAGGUGGUGAACUAACCCUUUAAUGAAGUCAGCACAUGGUGCUUAGGAAGCAUUUUAUAGUAUGGUUGAAAGAUUAUUAACCCCUCUUAUAAGUCAAGAUAAAAAUGUUGAUAAAUGCUAUACAUUUAUUUUUGUGUAUGAUUUGAGCACUUU